UCGACGAUUGGCUGGAGCCAAGCUGGGGCGCGGUCCGCGAUUGAUCACGCAACCGCUAUAUCGUCCCAUUCGAAUAUUACCGCGGUGUUGCAUCGCCUCGCGGUAGUGCGUCAAAUCAGCGACAAGAAGUUCGUGGGUUCCACAUUUUUAUUCGCAAAUUCUCUUCGGAAGCAACAAAGCGAGUCAUACGCUUGUGAGGCUUAAGUCGAAACCGGUCGAGUAUACGUUUCGGUGUUUUAAGUAGAGUAAAAAAAAAGAGAAAAGAAAUCAGUUGAAUUUCGCGCCGCCAUCAUGGUAUGUUCUAUCGAUGAUAUUGCUGACGAGCUGCCGCCGGAACAAAUUGCCGUUCUGCGCAAAGCCUUUGACAGUUUCGACAGUGGGAAGAACGGCAGCAUCUCCACUGAAAUGGUAGCCGAUAUCCUUCGGCUAAUGGGACAACCAUUUAACAAGAAAAUCUUGGACGAGCUCAUCGAUGAAGUCGACGCUGAUAAAUCCGGGCGGCUCGAGUUUGACGAAUUCGUCACGUUGGCAGCAAAGUUUAUCGUUGAAGAAGAUGCGGAGGCACUGGAAAAAGAGCUACGAGAGGCUUUUAGACUUUAUGACAAAGAAGGUAAUGGUUACAUCCCAACGACGUGCCUACGUGAAAUCUUAAGAGAAUUGGACGAUCAAUUGACGAAAGAGGAAUUGGACAUGAUGAUCGAGGAAAUCGACUCUGAUGGCUCCGGUACAGUCGAUUUUGACGAGUUCAUGGAGAUGAUGACCGGCGAAUAAUUAUCUUGAAUGGUGAACUACUUUUGGAUUUAAAGACAUUUGCAAUCCAUGCAAUCAUAUCUUGAAACUAAUCAUUCACGUGUUUAUAAAGGAUCAAUGCAUAUUGAUUUUAUUCGUCCAGAGAUGUUUUUUUCUAUUUUAUGAUUAGAGUCUGGAAAGUAAAUUGCCAUGUGUCGAAUCGAAUAAAUUAUUUUCUGCUUUUAUACACAGUUAAAAAAAUAGUGUUAAAUUUAACAUAAAUCACAUGUCCCAGACGGUCCACUCAAAAUUUUGUGUUAAUGUAACAUAAUUUGGAUAUGUUAAAAGAUAACAUUAAUACUGCGUUAAUAUUUCAACAAAGAAGAAAUGUAAUCUUGAUUUAAAAUUACUUAAUGGGUAUACAAUUAACAUAAUUUUUAUGACGAAAUUAACAGAAAAAUACUAAAAAAAAGUACGGUACAGUUAUCCCCAUUCCUGUUAGUGUAACAUCAAUACUCUUUUUCUGUACAUUUUAACAGAUACAAAAUGUAAAAUUAUAAAACUGAUUUGAAAAAUGUUCAAGUAACACAAUUAAAAUAC